AACUACAAUGGGAAUCCAAGAGUUCUUUCAUUUACCAGUUUUCCUCUUCAUGUUGGUAUUGUCUCACUCAGUUGUUGCUGAGUACCACCGUGAUACACGCGAAGUCUCCAUCCUUGGUAAGAUGCUUCAAAAACACAUUUUUAAAACAAUCACUGGAGCAGCAUUCGGUGAUGUGUGUUUGCGGGAAUGUUACCGUGACGUCACAUGCCAAAGCUUUAACUAUGUGUUCACACAAGACAAGUGUGAGCUGAGUAACCGAACAAAGGAAGCCAAGCCUCAAGAUUUUGUACCCAACUCUGAGAGAUAUUACUUCAGAAAAGAUAUGAAGAGAGCUAUUCUCGGUGCCAUUCCCGAACUGUCUGCAGACUCGUGCAAAGAAAUCAAGGCGAGUGAAGGUGGACAAGCGGUCAGCGGAAAAUACUGGCUGAAUUUCAUCAAACCUGACACUCCUGUGUUGGCUCAUUGUGACAUGAAAACCGAAGAUUCUGACGAAUGUAAUGCCUCCAUUAGCGUUUGUGAUGUGAACGCUGAUUGCAAAAACACUCUGGGAUCGUAUCGUUGCUCUUGUAGAGCCGGUUUUUCGGGAGAUGGACAUACCUGCAAAGAUGUUGACGAAUGCAGCUCUUCCCCAUCACUUUGUACAAGCUAUGCCGAUUGCGAGAACACCAUAGGCUCUUAUCGCUGUUCCUGUAGACCUGGAUUUCUUGAAAAUGCAACAGCCUCUUACCGUACCUUAAAUCUAAAAACCGAUGGGAGAAAGGGACGCUUUGGUACUAUACAGACGUUCACUAUUCCACGGACCACCUGCUACCUCAUCAAAGCCUGGGGAGCUCGCGGAGGAACACAUUCAUACGAUUAUGGAGACAAUCCAGGAACAUAUUAUGGUGGAAAGGGAGCGUUUAAAGAAGGCAAGUUCACACUGAAUAAUGGAACAGUGUUAAAUAUUGUGGUGGGACAAAGGGGAGGAGAUUCAGUGGAGGUUCAAGGCGGACAAAGCACUAACAAAACAGCAGCUCAACUAGGAGUGUCCGUGGAAGACAAUGCUGGCACUGGAGGAGGGGGAGGAAGUUUUGUUUAUACUACAGCUGAUGUUCUGUUGCUGGCUGCCGGAGGAGGAGGGGGUGCAUCGAGUGGAUAUAAUGGUGUGGAUGGUCAGGCGGAAUCAAAUGGUACCAGUAGUGUAGGGCAGGUUUCGUCACAAGUUCGAAAUGGAGGCACAGGUGGGCAGCCAGGUGAAUGCAACAGUGAGGGCGCUAGCUAUCAUGGAGGAGUGGGAGCGGGUUGGUUUGGUCAAGGUUGUACCCGACUAGGCUCCUCCCAUGGGGAAAGAGGUGGAUCACGUGCUCAAGUCUGGAUCGGUGGUCGAGCCGGAGGUAUGAAUAGCGGUAAUAACGGGGGCCCUGCACCAGGAGCAGUUGGUGGGUUUGGUGGUGGGGGAGGUGGAUCAGAGGAUAAUGGUGCAUCAGGUGGAGGUGGUGGGUACUCUGGGGGAGGUAGUGGUACCCAUGAAAAACAAGCCGGAGGCGGAGGAGGCUCGUACUGUAAUGGCCAAGAUUGUUCCGGUUUGACUGGUGGGAACUCGAAUGAUAAUGGCCUGGUGCAAAUUAUAGAACUUUAGGACUGAUUUCAAAACAUUUCUUGAGUAUUACAGUUAUUUUUCAAAAGCCGAUUUUCCCAUUAAGAGGAAAAAGCAGUUGUAUUGGUAAUUGCAGAAGUUUUAUAUAUAUUCAAAUCCCCUGUUCCUUUUUCAACAUGAGAUGAUAAGAAUGCUCUUCCCCAGGCUAGAUAUUAGUAAUGUCACCGUCUAGGAUCAUAAUAUUCAACACGCUUUAGCUUAAAAUCCUGACAUUUGAUAAAACUUUUUUAAGGUUUGCUUGUAAGAAUGUGGUCAAAAACCAUUAUAAAGUUAAUAAUUCAAUCCAGGCUUGAGCAUGCGACCCACCUCUUAUAAAUUAUAAAAUUCAUAAUUUAAAGGGAACUGUGCAAUGAGUUCCAUCUAUUAACUAUCCUAUUAUAGAAAGUUUUUUUUAAUAGUAAACUCUUUAGAACUGGUCGCGAGUAAAACAAAAAGUACGCUUUACAGUAGGCACAGUCGUCUAGUAUUCUGUUGUAUAGCAUGAUAAAGAAAUUAUAGGAGGCGGUGCAGAAACAAAUCGAACAUUUUGAUAACCUCCUUUAAAGUGCGUAGGAAAUGUCUUGCCGGUUUAACGUUAUCCUCAGUCGAGCCGUGUUCACCUCUAAAGGUGGUUGUCGAUAAACACGAGCGGGAAACAUUCCAUUAUUACCUUCUGAUGUCAAAGAUUUUGUAAUGUUGUUCACUCAGAUCAGAAACUUUACACAGGCAACAUUUUUAUUAUUGGAUGUCAUGUGACCCCAAAGCAACCAAUGAUAGCGCCUGCUGUUGAAAAAAAAUUCCAGUUGUAGAACAAUAUCAGUUUUCGGUAAAUAAGGUAAUAAGGUUACCAGUCGUUUGGUACCUUUUUUUUCACACUUUCUCUUGUUGAAAGAAAAAAGUAUUCAAAAGGGACAAAUAGGUAGAACAUUUUGUUAAACGUCACUAAUCAGUGUUUUGGAAGUUUAUCAAGUUAUCUAGGUAGCUCAUCUAGAAUUUUCAUAACUCGUUUUCCUUUCAGCAAUCUAAUACGUGGUAAAGUGACGUCUGUUUUCGUUAUGUUAGGACGUUUGUCAUGAGUACAGAUUUAUUAAAUAACUUAGAGAAAAGUUUGGUCAUGCAAGUCAGCUAUAAGAUAUGAAGUAGUAAAAAAAAUACACAGGGUAAGACAUCGCUUAUAAGAGGUUUUGUAGUUUAUCGAUAAUGUAAAUAGUCCAUUUAUUGGAGUUUCCAUAACUCGUUUGCGAGCAUUAUAAUCAU